GACACUCUGUCCUCACGGCCGGCGCGCGGACCUGGCGCGUUGCGUGGACCCCUCGGCGCCUCCGUGGUUUUGCCCUCCCCCUCCCAGGCGCCUGAGAUAGAGCAGGCCGGCCGGCGCCUGCGCAAUGGAGCCGGCGGGGGGGGGCAGGCCCACGGGGUCAGCGUGGAGGACGCCCCCGCCCCCACUCCCACCCCAUCUCACCGCGCGAUUACCCCGGCGGUGCCCGGGACUCGGGCUUCGGGGUCACAGUGUUGGAGGCUGAGUCCUGCCUCAGUCCUCCAGGUACAGCCGCGAGUCGGAUCAGAAGUGAAGAAGUCCCCCUGCAGAUGGAGACCAGGGGCUUGAACCUGGGUCCAUGUUCACUGCCAUGUGUGUAUAUAACCAGGUUGUUCUGCUGUGCCUCAUCACCUUCUCCUAAAGAUGCAUCCUGACUUAUCUCCACACUUGCACACUGAAGAAUGCAACGUGUUGAUUAACUUGCUUAAGGAAUGUCACAAAAAUCACAACAUUCUGAAAUUUUUUGGUCAUUGCAAUGAUCUUGAUCUGGAGAUGAGAAAAUGUUUGAAGAAAGAGUACCAUGAAAAGAGGAUGAAGAGCAGGGAGCAUGGCGAAGCGAUGCGAAAGAAACUUUUCAAUCCUUCAGAGUAAUCUGAAAAAUGAAUUCCAUAUUCACUGGAAACCUUGGUUGAGAGAAGAAUUAUGGACUCUUGGCUGAUAGCCAAAAGAAUUCUGUCUUCAUUUGGUCUUCGUAAUCCUUUGAAUGGAAAGUGACCUAUGAAAAGUCAAGCCAUGGAGACAUAUGGAAGCUUGGAUUUUGAGUAUUUGUUGGGCAGAACCUUUCGUACUUUGUACUAUACCAGUGUACUUCAUUUCUGACUUCUUCUAUUUGUCUGCAACUAGUUAUCAUUUAAGUAACUUAUCAAAUUCAAUAAAAUAACUGAUGUUAAGCAUAUUUUCUCUAUUCUCUUAGAUCCUCCUAGAUUAAGGACAGAAUAGUUCCACAAAACUUCCCUUUUGACAAUGUGACAUUUUUGGAGCUUAAACACUGAAGACAUAACCUAGGGCAAAAAACUUGAAGAAGUCCCAUUCCAACUGUUAACUGAUAUGAAAAUAUUUCAACUUUAUUGCUUAUAUGAUAACUAUUUUUUUAAAGAUUAGUUAACAAUGGUACAAUUGCAUUUGGAUGGGAUCUUUACUUUGCUGAUUUAAGUGUCCCCCCCCUUCCCUCCUGUUUGUGGGGGGGCGGUAAUGGUUUACAGCACAGUUGUUAUUGACACAUAAGUACAGUUUCCCAGUUCCAAAUGAUGGGUGCUUGUAAAACAUCUUUAUCCCUCAACUUAGGACAUCAAGCCUCCUUCCCCUUACCCCCGCUUGCACUCCCUCCCAGAGUCCUUUGAUUUGGUGCAGUAAACCAUCUCUAGUCCAAGUUUUAUUUUGUUUUCCUUUUCUGUUCCUGCUUCCCAAGUUCUACCUACAAUGAGAUAGUAUUUAUCCUUCUCUUACAGACUCAUCUCACCCAAGCCCAGGUGAGGCAAAGAUUAGGAAUUUUAGAGUUUCAGGUCUUUGAUCCAUUUUGAUCUGAUUUUGGUGCAUAGUGUUAAGUGGUGGUCUAGUUUCAUUUUUCUGCACGUGGUUGUCCAAUUUUCCCAACACCAUUUGUUGAGGAAACCUUCUUUUCUCCAUUGAGUGGUUUUGACCUUUUUGUCACUUUUAGGUUGUAUAUGUGUGGUCUCAUUUCUGGGCUCUUGAUUCUGUUUCAUUCAUCCAAGUGUCCAUUUUUAUUCCAGUACCAGGCUGUUUUAAUUACUACUGCUUUAUAAUAUAAACUGAAGUUGGGAAGUGUAAUACCUCCAUGUUUUUCCCUUUUUUCUCAGGAGUGCUUUGGCAGUUGAUAGUUCAUUUGUGAUUCCACACAAUUUUUUUUCCUUUAUUGGGAGAUUAAUGAUUUGCAGUCAAAGUAAAAUACAGUAGUUGGUACAUGUAUAACAUUUAUCAGUUUUCCACAUAACACUCUAACUCCACACCCCACAAAUUUUUAGACAAGUCAUUCAGUUUCUUUGAAUGUCAUUUGUCAGGCUGAGACGCAGAGGAGAGAGAGAGGAGAUCAGGGCAAAGAGGGAACACAAAUCUUUUUUCUCGCGGGCACCUCAGAGUUGGGUGAGAGUGCAGCAGUUCGGGCCACGUGGAGCUAGCAAAAAUGGCCGCCUCCCACAGCACCCUUCUCUUUGUCUAAUCCCCGAGGUGAAAAAGCGAGCGAGGGGCGGAAGAAGAAAGGCUUUAUAGGGCAAAAACUGGGAGUGACGAGCCAGGACAGGAUUGGUUGGGAAAGGCACUCUGAGAAUAUCGAAUUAACUCUUGUGAAAACUGGCAACAGCCUGAGGGGACAACAUGGCGGAACAGGCUCUCUGAGAAUGUCCCAACUCUCGUGGGAACUGGCAAUAGCCUGAGGGGACAACAUGGCAGAUGUGACUGCAUCUGCACAAUUCCCCAGCAGUCAUUGGGUUGUCACAGGCAUUGUAUCUAACUUACAAUAUCUACAACUUUUUUUUUCUAUUUUAUAAACUAGUUUUUAAUGUAAUACUCUUUAUAUUCUGUGUCUUUUUUAUGUUGACCUUGGUUAAUCAACAUUGAUUGUAUUGCUCUGUCCACUUUGCCAUCUCCUUUUCUGUAUCUUUAUUUUCUCCUAUUAUUUGUGUUCCUGGUUCUAUUCUACCACUGACCACUUAAUUAAAAGUUGGAAUUCCUUUGCUUGCUUAUAUGUGGGAUUCCUUUCAGUUAUUCUUGCAAGGCAGGAUUGAUGGGGGUGAAUUAUUUCAGUUUCUGUAUGUUUGAGAAGAUCUUUACUUCUCCCUUAUAGUUGAAGGAUAAUUUGGCAGGAUAGAGUUUUCAUGGUUAGCAAUUUUUUUUCCUUCAAGGUUAUUGCCUGCACCAUGAAUCCACUGCUUCUGGAGGCUAUUUUCCCCCCUUUUGUUGCCAUUGUUGUUUUUUAUCGUUGUGGUUAUUAUUAUUCUUGUCAUUGAUGUCAUUGUUGUUGGAUAGGACAGAGAGAAAUGGAGAGAGGAGGGGAAGACAGAGUAGGGGAGAGAAAGACAUCUACAGACCUGCUUCACCGCCUAUUAAGUGACUCCCCUUCAGGUGGGGAGCCAGGGGCUUGAUCCCCUUUCGGGUCCCUGCACUUUGCACAAUGUAUGCUCAACUCACUGCGCUACUGUCUGACCCCUGGUUAGCAAUUCUAAUCUUUUAAUACUUGGAAUAUGUCAUUUCACUCCUUUCUUACCUAGUCUAGGGUUUGUGGUCAGAAGCUUGGUUCUACUUUGUAUGUUAAAUUCUCCCAUUUCCUAGCAGGCCACAAUAUUUUUUCCUUGUAUUUGCUUUUGUAAAGUUAUACUAUAAUAUGUCUUGGUGUGUUCAUUCAGCUUGCUGGAUGUAUGUGUGUCUUGUUUGUUAGUUUUUGGAUAUUUGUGUUUUGAAAAUUGCCCAAAUAUAGAAAGUUUUCCUCAA